AUGGCGGGAAGUGUUGACCAGUAUGACGCAGCUCUCCUCGGAAUUUUGCAAAAUGAAGGGAAUAUAUCCAAUUUUCUUCAAGUUAUGUUUGGAUUUCUCUUCCGAAGAACUGAUUUCUAUUUGAUUAUGAAAGGUGAAAAUGAUAAACUGGGAUUUCCACAAGGAAUGGCUGACAAGCUUGUCUUGCAGGUUAGAAAAUUAAAUUCCAAUCAAUCUAUUACAGAAACAGUCAAAACUGAAGACCCAUCUCAACAAGCUAGUUCCAGCAAAACAAGUAGUGACAUAAAUGAAGUUGAAAUAGAAACAUUACCAGGAACCAGUGAAAGCAAUGCUCCACAGAAUGUUGGUGGUUCCAGAACUAUUCCAGCUGACAGUGCUGUGACCAGCGAUAUCCCUUCCAGAGAACCACACCCAGAACAGCAGCAGGUGUAUCAAGCCAAUGCUGAAAGUUAUAAUGGAGCAGUGAGAGAGAAUUUCGCCUGGUCACAAAGUAUUACAGAUAUUGAUGUUAGAGUAAAUGUACAUAAAUGUAUAACUAAAGGAAAGCAGUGUAUAGUCUCAAUAGACAAGAAACAUAUAAAAGUAGGAUAUAAAGACAGUGAUAAUGAUACAGUUAUACUACUUGAUGAUAAUUUAACUUGGGAAAUACAAAAAGAAGAAUCUAUCUGGAGUCUAGUUCCUGGGGAACAUAUACAUAUUAAUCUAGAGAAGAAGGAAGAGAGAUGGUGGGAGAGUCUAGUUGUUAGUGAACCAAAGAUAAACGUGAGAAAGAUAGACUGUAGCAGACCCAUGACUGAUCUGGAUCAAGAAGCUCAAUCUAAAAUAGGAGAGAUGAUGUUUAAUGAACAACAAAAACGACUUGGUCUACCACAAUCUCAUGAACAGAAAACCUAUGAUAUGAUGAAACAAGCGUGGGACGCUGAAGGGUCUCCAUUUAAAGGACAGCCGUUUGAUGCGUCUAAACUGAGUGUGAAUUCAGGAGGGGUGGUAUCUAUCAAUGAAUAA